GGGCUGAGGAGUGAAAACUGCAAAUUAGAGAAACUGAACCUGCGCUCAUGUGGUCUCACCUCCAAUGUUCCUCAUCUCUCUCCUCAGUCCUCUCUUCUCCACACUCACAGCUGACUAAACUGAACCUGAACGGAAACAAACUGGGAGAUUCAGGAGCUCAUCAGCUGUGUGAGGGUCUGCAGACCCCAAACUCUAAAUUAAAGAUACUGAGCCUGCACUCAUGUGAUCUCAGCUCAGAAUGUUCCUCAUCUCUCUCCUCAAUCCUGUCUUCUCCACACUUACAGCUGACUGACCUGCACCUGAACUUCAACAAACUGGGAGAUUCAGGAGCUCAUCAGCUGUGUGAGGGUCUGCAGACCCCAAACUGUAAAUUAAAGACACUGAGCCUGGUCUCAUGUGGUUUAACCUCCAGAUGUUCCUCAUCGCUCUCCUCAGUCCUCUCUUCUCCACACUCACAGCUGACUGAAAUGAACCUGAAAGACAACAAACUGGGAGAUUCAGGAGCUCAUCAGCUGUGUGAGGGUCUGCGGACCCCAAACUGUAAAUUAAAGACACUUUGGCUGUUUGAUAAUGAGAUCAGUGAGAGUGAGAAGAAGAACCUGAGGUCACUAGAGGAGGAGUUGAACAGGACUGGACGGCAGACGUAUAUCUACACAUGAGAAGACUGCACAUGCUGAUCAAGUGACCCCAGUGACGGUGCCCCCUGUCCACUCUCCCUGAAUUCUUUUCUUUAUUCUUUUAUAAUCUUCUCAGCUCUCCACCACAUUUAAUAAACUGUCCAUGUGUUCUUCUCA